UCGCCCCCUCCGCGUGUCUAUUACUAACUUCUAUGACCAGUUGAGAAUUCAGAGAGAGAAACCCAGAAUAAUAACACGACGACGGCGAAGAAGAAGCAUCAGAAGAGAGAGAGAGAGAGAGAGAGAGGCAUGAGGAUCAAUGACGGGACCGACCAAGUCUCAGACUCAGGGAAGCGCCUUGUCUUUGCCUAUUAUGUGACUGGCCAUGGCUUUGGCCAUGCCACUCGCGUUGUUGAGGUUGUUCGACACCUGAUUCUCGCAGGACACGAUGUUCACGUUGUGACAGGUGCGCCUGACUUUGUCUUUACAAGUGAAAUACAGUCUUCUCGGCUCUUCAUCCGCAAGCUGGUGCUAGACUGUGGAGCUGUUCAAGCAGAUGCUUUGACUGUGGAUCGUCUUGCCUCAUUGGAGAAGUACUCCGAGACAGCUGUAGCUCCUCGUGCUUCCAUCUUGGCGACAGAAGUAGAGUGGUUGAACUCCAUAAAGGCUGACCUAGUGGUUUCAGAUGUUGUUCCAGUUGCGUGCCGUGCAGCAGCUGAUGCUGGUAUCCGCUCGGUUUGUGUUACGAACUUCAGUUGGGAUUUUAUCUACGCAGAAUAUGUGAUGGAUGCUGGUAAUCAUCAUCGCUCAAUAGUUUGGCAGAUUGCAGAAGAUUAUUCACACUGCGAGUUCUUAAUCCGCCUUCCUGGAUACUGUCCAAUGCCUGCUUUUCGUGAUGUCAUUGAUGUUCCUUUGGUUGUGAGAAGGUUACACAAAUCUCGGAAGGAGGUGAGAAAGGAGCUUGGGAUUGGAGAUGAUGUCAAGCUUGUCAUCUUGAACUUUGGUGGACAGCCUGCAGGUUGGAAGUUAAAAGAGGAGUACCUGCCUUCUGGCUGGCUUUGCCUGGUUUGUGGUGGUUCUGAUAACCAGGAACUGCCUCCCAAUUUUCUAAAGCUUGCUAAAGAUGCAUACACUCCUGAUCUUAUUGCAGCAUCUGACUGUAUGCUUGGGAAAAUUGGAUAUGGCACCGUUAGUGAAGCCCUGUCAUUCAAGUUGCCUUUUGUCUUUGUACGGAGAGAUUAUUUCAAUGAAGAACCAUUUUUAAGAAAUAUGCUGGAGUAUUAUCAAAGUGGUGUUGAGAUGAUUAGGAGAGAUCUACUAACUGGCCACUGGGAACCAUACCUUGAGCGUGCACUUACUUUGAAACCGUGCUAUGAGGGAGGCAUUAAUGGUGGUGAGGUUGCAGCUCGAAUUUUACAGGAUACAGCUGUUGGAAAGAACUAUGCUUCAGAUAAGUUGAGUGGAGCAAGGAGAUUGCGGGAUGCCAUAGUUCUCGGUUAUCAAUUACAGAGAGUCCCAGGACGAGAUCUUUGCAUUCCAGAUUGGUAUGCAAAUGCAGAAAAUGAACUUGGACUUCGUACUGGAUCCCCUACUGCUGCAAUCACUGACAACAGCUUCCAUAUGGAGUCAUAUACUGAGGACUUUGACAUUCUUCAUGGUGAUCUUCAAGGGCUUUCUGAUACGAUGACUUUCUUGAAGAGCUUGGUCGAACUUGAUGCCUUCUAUGAUUCUGGAAAGAGUACAGAGAAGCAUCGAAUGCGGGAACGUAUGGCUGCUGCUGGCAUCUUCAAUUGGGAGGAAGAGAUUUUUGUGGCACGGGCACCAGGAAGAUUAGAUGUAGUUGGAGGGAUUGCAGAUUAUUCUGGAAGCCUUGUCUUACAGAUGCCUAUUAGAGAAGCUUGCCAUGUAGCUGUGCAACGAAAUAAUCCAAGUAAACAGAGGCUUUGGAAACAUGCCCAGGCUCGGGAAAAUGCUAAGCGACAAGGGCCGACACCUGUCCUGCAAAUUGUGUCAUAUGGUUCAGAGUUAAGCAACCGUGCUCCAACAUUUGACAUGGAUUUAUCUGAUUUUAUGGAUGGAGGGCAGCCGAUAUCAUAUCAAAAGGCAAAAGAAUAUUUUGCCCGUGAUCCAUCUCAGAGAUGGGCAGCAUAUGUUGCAGGGGUAAUUCUGGUUUUGAUGAGAGAACUAGGCGUGCGCUUUGCAGACAGUAUUAGCAUGCUGGUUUCUUCUGCUGUCCCUGAAGGCAAAGGUGUAUCUUCUUCUGCUUCUGUGGAGGUUGCUAGCAUGUCUGCUAUUGCUGCUGCUCAUGGACUGGACAUCAGCCCCAGGGACAUUGCUUUGCUCUGCCAAAAGGUAGAGAAUCACAUAGUUGGAGCUCCUUGUGGUGUAAUGGACCAGAUGACUUCAGCUUGUGGUGAAGCCAACAGACUUCUAGCUAUGAUCUGUCAGCCUGCUGAAGUAAUAGGGCUUGUAGAUAUUCCUAGCCACUUACGAUUUUGGGGAAUUGAUUCAGGAAUAAGACACAGCAUUGGCGGUACAGAUUAUGGAUCUGUAAGAGUGGGGACCUUUAUGGGUCGAACAAUGAUAAAAUCUUUUGCAUCUACAAUGUUUUCUCAAUCUUUAUCAAGUGCAAAUGGGAACACUGAUGAAUCAGAAGAGGAUGGUGUUGAACUACUUCAAACUGAGGCUUCAUUGGAUUACUUGUGCAACCUAUCACCUCACAGAUUUGAAGCUCUUUACUCAAAAAUGCUUCCGGAUUCUAUGCUUGGUGAGAACUUUCUGAAGCAAUAUGCUGAUCAUAAUGAUCCAUUUACUAUUAUUGAUAACAAGCGUAGUUAUGGAGUUAGAGCCGCUGCAAGACAUCCUAUAUAUGAGAACUUUCGAGUCAAGGCCUUCAAAGCACUAUUAACUUCUGCUUCAUCAGAUGAACAACUCACUGCUCUCGGAGAAUUAAUGUAUCAGUGCCACCUCAGUUACAGUGCUUGUGGACUUGGGUCGGAUGGAACAGAUAGGCUUGUCCAAUUGGUUCAGGAAAUGCAGCACAAAAAAGUUUCUAAAACUGAAGAAGGAACUUUGUAUGGAGCAAAGAUUACUGGUGGUGGAUCUGGUGGGACCAUUUGUGUCGUUGGCCGGAAUUGUCUUCGGAGCAGUGAACAGAUUCUUGAGAUUCAACGAAGAUACAGAGGCGCAACGGGUUACUUGCCACUUGUUUUCGAAGGUUCAUCCCCAGGUGCAGGAAACUUCGGAUAUCUAAAAAUACGCCGUCGCAACCCUCCCAAUUAGUAGUAGUUUAAUUUAUUAUUGCUGGGGAAAAUAGAUUAAGCAACUGUUUUAUUUUUUAUUAAAGGAACAUCAAAACAUUUAGUUUGAUCCAAAUCC